AUGUCGGACGCCUGGGUCUCGGGUUUCGCGCUCACCUUGCUCUUCAGCCUGCUCUCCAGUUGCCAACCAGUAAGCGCCAAUGCGGUUAUAUUCAAAUGUGGCUCCAUAAACUGCACCAAAGGGUUCAGCUGCUGUGACGGUAGAUGCUGCCCAAGGAAAAGUGCAUGGGAUUCUUCCAAUGACACCUUCAGGAUCUUGUUCAUUCUCUUCAUGAUUUUGAUACCUCUCUUGUGCAUCUGUGGCUUUGUGAGGCGCUUCUUUCCCAAAUGCAGGGAACCAGAGCAGAACCGGAGAACAAGUCGUCAGAUACCUCAAGAGCCACCUUCCAUUGCCCCCCUAGAGACGAUCUGGGUCACCACCUUGGAUCCCCCACCACCCUAUAGUCAGGUUAUUCAGAAGCCAACUCCCACAGAACCACCUCCUCCCUACAGCCUCAGGUCUGAGGACCCUGCUGACCGAAUGAGAGGCACUGUCAGCCAGGCCUUCUGA